AUGUCAUCUGAUUGUGAGAGUGAUGAUGAUAGUUAUGAAAUCAAGAGAAGGAGGGUCUACCACCAUGCAGAAGAAAUUUCCGUCAUGUCUUCGGCAGCAGCAACAAUAGCUGGAAAGUAUUGUGAAAUUUGGGUGAUGAAAGCAGAGCCUAGGAAAUCAAUUCUAAGUGGAUUCGGAUGGCUGCAAGAGACUAUUGACACGCCAGGGGAGACGUACGCAAUGUUGAGAAUGAAUGUGAGAGUCUUCUUCAGCCUUCACGACAUGCUUGUGAGUAGGUAUGACCUUCAAGCAACCUUUGCAAUAAGCAGUUAUGAAUCUUUGGCUAUAUUCCUUUGGAUCCUGGGAGGAUGUGAAUCAAAUAGAAGGACACAAAACCGCUUUAAGCACUCAGGGGAUACCAUCCACCACAAAUUUCAUGAGGUUCUCCUUUGUGUGAUCAAAAUGGCAGCUCACUACCUAAAACCAAAGGAUCCAAAUUUUCACAGUGUGCAUCCAACAAUUAGGAAUGAUAGAAUGGCAUUUCCACAUCUGAAAGAUUGCAUUGGCGCUAUAGAUGGCACCCAUAUUAGGGCCUCUAUUCCAGCUGACAAGAAAAUUAGGUAUGUUGGAAGAUCGGACACAACAACUCAAAAUGUGUUGGCAAUAUGUGACUUCGACAUGCAUUUCACUUAUGCAUCAAUUGGACAACCUGGUUCUAUGCAUGAUACAAGUGUCUUAUAUCAUGCAUUGGAGAAGGACAAGGACACAUUCUCUCAUCCUCCGAAAGGCAAGUACUAUCUUGUAGAUGCUGACUAUCCAAAUCGACCCGGCUAUCUAGCCCCAUACAAAGGAGAGAGGUACCAUGUUCCUGACUUCUACAGAGGUGCGGCACCGAAUACUCCUAAGGAGAAGUUCAACAAGAUUCACUCUUCAAAACGCAAUGCCAUAGAGAGAGCUUUCGGAGUGUUGAAGAAUAAAUGGCAAAUUUUGCUCAAGAUGCCAAACUAUCCAAUCGAAGGUCAGAAAAUGAUCGUCGCUGCGGCUAUGACAUUGCACAACUACGUGCGCUAUCAUCAUAAAGGGGAUCUACACUUUGUUCGAUGUGAUAGGGAUCCAAAUUAUGUGCCAACCAUCCCAUUAAGGUAUCGACGUUACGCUAUUCCUGCAAGUGCAUCAGAUGCAUCAACUUCUGAAUCAAGUGCUCCUGAUAUGGAUAGGUUUAGAGAUGAGCUUGCUACGGCCAUUGCUCAAGGGUGGCGAGGUUCACUUUAG